AUGACUGAGUUUGUGCAUGAUUACUAUUGCCGUCGCUUGGGUUUCGUUGCUGGUUUGUCUAAUUGUGCGGGGAAGAUCUGGAUUUUUUGGGAUCACAAUUUUCGAGUCGAGUUGCUUAGGGAUGAGGUACAAUUAUUGCAUGUCAGAUGCAUAUCUGGUUUAUUUGGUGCUCCUUUUGUAUUUACUGCGGUCUAUGCUAGAUGCUCUCGUUCCGAGCGCCGUGUUUUGUGGAAUUCGUUCCGCGACAUUUUUGAGACGAUUGGUGACACUCCUUGGAUUUCUGGGGGUGACUUCAACUCAAUCUUACUUGAGUCAGAACGGAAUAGAUCGGUUUCGGAUAGGAGACUAGAUAUGGCUGAGUUUGGUGCUAUGGUUUCGGAUUGUGAACUUUUGGAUGCCGGGUUCUCUGGGGCUAGUUCUUGCUAUUCUUGGGAGAGCCCUUCAGGUACCCACCUCUCACGGACCUGGUCGGAUCAUGCUCCUCUUUUGGUUUCAUCGGCUGCUUCUUCGUCUAGGCCUCUUGCUUCAUUCCGGUUUCAGCAUAUGUGGAUCCGCCACGCUACGUUUCGUCAGAUUGUGGAACAGAAGCUUCAGUGGUGGAAUUGGAACGUUUUCGGGGACGUGUUCAAGAAUAAAGAGAGGGCCGAGGCAGCUGUUCUAGAGGCCGAGCACAUAUAUGACUUGGAUCGAUCCCCCGAGAAUCGUGCAAAUUUGAAAAAGGCCACUGCUGAACUUACUCUCAUGCUCAAUAUUGAGGAGGACUUUUGGAAGCAGAAGGCAGCUUGUAGAUGGGCGACUGAUGGAGAGAGAAACUCAAAGUUUUUCCACUCGUUAGUCAAGAAAAAGCGAUGUGUCAAUCGAAUCCACUCUAUCUCUCAUGGUGAUUUGGUUCUCACAUCAGCUCAGGAGAUCAAGGAUUCGGGCGUUGAUUUCUUUAGCAAGCUUCUUACCGAUGAUAUGCCUAGUUUGCUUCCGGUUGAUGAGUCUCUAUUUUCCGCUCCUCAAAGGGACUUUUCUUCAGUCUCUACUCGUCCGUCAGUUGAGGAGAUCAAAGAUGCGGUGUUUGGGAUUUGUCGAGAUAGUGCUUCGGGUCCUGAUGGGUAUUCUUCGCUAUUUUAUCAGCAUUGUUGGGACUUGAUUCAGUGUGAUGUUUGUGAAGCGGUUUGGGAUUUCUUCGAGGGUGGAUCUAUGCCUGCGAGCUUCACCGCUACCACCUUGGUUCUUAUUCCAAAGGUGGACUUUCCAACGGCUUGGACAGAUUUCCGCCCGAUUAGCUUGAGCAACGUGACCAAUAAAAUUAUCACCAAGGUACUUACGAACAGACUGGCACCUCACUUGCCCCACAUUAUUUCUCCUUCUCAGAGUGGGUUUGUUCAGGGUCGCCUCAUUAGUGAUAAUAUUUUAUUAGCACAAGAGAUGGUCCACUCAAUAUCAGUUCGUUGUCGAAAUCCGAAUCUUAUUUUGAAGCUGGAUAUGGCAAAGGCUUAUGAUAGGGUUCAGUGGCGGUUCUUAUUUCGUGUACUCGAGCUGAUGGGUUUCUCGGCGAACUUGGUUGAUAUUAUUCGGCGAUGUGUUUCGUCGUGCCAGUUCUCUUUACUAAUCAACGGGGAGCUGACGGGGUAUUUCACUUCGUCUCGUGGUCUAAGGCAGGGAGAUCCGCUCUCGCCGACUCUUUUUGUACUUGCGGCUGAGUAUUUUUCGAGAGGUCUCGAUGCACUAUACAGCCGUUGCCCAAGCAUGUUUUAUUCUACAAGGGGAGGCAUUCCUAUAUCCCUUUUGGCCUAUGCGGAUCAUGUGAUGAUAUUUACCUCGUGCCAUAAUUUUGGACUGAAGAAGCUGCGGGAUUUUCUCGAUCAUUACUGUCGGACUUCGGGUCAGUUGAUUAGUGUGCACAAGAGCACUUUCACAGUUGAUAGGGCAUGUUCUGAUGGUCAUCUUCGCACUAUUUCUCGGAUUCUCAGUUAUCCGAGAAAGGAUCUUCCUAUCAUUUAUCUUGGAGCACCACUAUACAAAGGGAGGGACCGGGGCAGUUUGUUUCACACUUUGCUUGAUCGCAUGCAAGCCAGGAUUUCGGGAUGGGCUCGGACCGCUUUGGCUUUCGGGGGCCGUCUUGCCUUGAUCCGGAGUACGCUUUCGACUAUGGCUUUGCAUCUUGUUCAGGUUAUUCAACCUCCGCAGUACAUUAUUCAGCAGAUUGAGCAGUGCAUGGCCCGAUUUCUCUGGGGAUCUUAUGGUAAUCAGCGCCGGCCUCAUUGGGUUGCUUGGGAGACGAUUUGUCGGCCAGUUGGUGAGGGUGGCUUGGGGUUGAGGCGUUUGACGGAUGUGAUUGACGCCUUCACUUACAAGCUCUGGUUCCGAUUCCGUGCUCAGGAUUCUCUUUGGGCCCGUUUUCUCCGAAACAAGUAUUGUCGGAAUCGGUUCCCAGGUUCAUCCGUUGUGUCUUCACUCUAUAGCACGGUGUGGAAGCGCAUGUGCCGUGUCCGAGAGCGUGUUCAAGCUCAAAUAUUUUGGCGGAUUGGUCCAGGUCAUGUUUAUUUCUGGCACGACCACUGGUUUGGCGAUGGUCCCCUUUCGGGCAUUAUUGAUGGUGGUCGGCUAACGUCAGUUCGUGUGGAGUAUUAUUUGGUUAACGGUCAGUGGGAUCGAAACAAGCUAGCUGAGGAUAUUCCUUUUGAGUGGAUCGAUAGGAUUUGCUCGGUCCCAAUCUCUGGUGCUUCGGGUGAUUUGCCCAUUUGGAGAGCUUCUUCGGAUGGCAAAAAUGACAGCAAGCACAAGGAUAUCACGGUUCGCGCUUCUUCCAUCAUUUACAGGGUCAUCCAGCACAUCAGGAUUCUUCACCAAACCAACUUACUUUCGGCGGACAGCUGGACUGGCAUUCCCCACGUGGCUGAGUCUCUUGGCCUAUAUUACCGAGUCAGAACACCAACUCUCACACCUCAUCGAGUUGUUUGGCUUCCACCGGAUCCGGGUUGGGUGAAGCUAAACACAGACGGAGCACGUAGAGCAUCCACCCAGAUUGCAGCUAUUGGCGGGAUUAUCAGAGGUUCGGACGCUGAGGCCAUAGUUGCAUUUCACGAGAGGAUCUCUGCCCCGAGCAGUAUUGCGGCCGAGCUUGCUGCCCUUGCCUCGGGGCUGCGAUUUGUUAUUCAGAGGCAAUUCACUAGAGUUUGGAUCGAGCUUGACGCAGAAGUCGCUGUUCGACUUCUUUCGCACACGGACCAAGAUCAUUGGAGUCUUCAGAGUUCUCUCACGGCGAUCCGGAACUCUCUUUCUACUUUGGAGUACAGGAUUACACAUAUCUACCGGGAGGGCAAUAAAGUAGCUGAUGCAUUAGCUAACUUGGGGUGUCAGACCGAGUUGGCUCGUACCUUCACAACAGCGGAACUUCCCCGACCUAUUCAGCAGAUGAUUCGGAUGGACCAGCUUGGAUAUCCAUCCUUUCGACGACAGUCUCGCACAUAG